GGAGCAGCAGUACCCGUACGCGCGUAACUGUUCAAAUCUGUGAAAUAGGGGUGAAGGUCACCAAUGUCGUCCGACGGCGAAUCCGCCGAGAGGAGACCCAGGCCCCGAGGCAGGGAGUACGACGCGGUGCCCGUGGACUCCCCUCCACCGGACGGGACGGUCAGAACGCUUCAGAGCCUCCGAGGCGGCGAGCUGGCCGUGAGUUCGGAUCCCCUGCCGCCCCCUCCUCUCCCUCUACAGCCGCCCUUCGGCCCCGAGCUCUACGCCGGCGAGGCCGAAGAGCCGGCCGUGGCUCCGGACCUCAAGCCCGUGAGGCGGUUCGUUCCCGACUCGUGGAAGAACUUCUUCAGAGGGAAGAGGAAUGAUCCGGGAUGGGACACGCCGGGCUCUGACAUCAAGUACAUUUCCGACGGAGUGGAGUGUUCUCCGCCAGCCUCUCCGACGAGGCCCAACUCCUAUCAGGAUCCCUACGGAGGGUCAGGUGGAACCUACAGUUCGCGGAAAGAAGGGGAGGCGAUGCUUCCUCGAGAGCCCUACGGGUCUCUGGGACGUCACACGCAGACCCCGAGGACUUACAGCGAGAAGGUGGAAGAGUACCACCUGAGGUACUCCUACAUGAAGUCGUGGGCAGGGUUGCUGAGGAUCCUGGGGGUGACGGAGCUGCUCUUAGGGGCGGGCGUCUUCGCCUGCGUCACCGCCUACGUCCAUAAGGAUAACGAGUGGUACAACUUGUUCGGCUACUCCCAGCCCUACGGAAUGGGGACCGGCAGCCUGGGCAGUAUGUACGGAGGCUACUACUACAGUGGGCCGAAAACCCCCUUUGUGCUUGUGGUCGCUGGUUUGGCGUGGAUCGCCACCCUCAUCCUGCUGGUACUGGGCAUGUCCAUGUACUACCGGACCAUCCUGCUCGAUUCCAGCUGGUGGCCCCUGACGGAGUUCGGAAUCAACGUGGCCCUGUUCAUCCUGUACAUGACCGCGGCCAUCGUUUACGUCAACGACACGAACCGGGGUGGGCUCUGCUAUUACCCGUUAUUCAACACCCCGGUGAACGCGGCGUUUUGCCGGGUGGAAGGAGGACAGACGGCAGCGAUGAUAUUUCUGUUCGUCACGAUGAUCGUUUAUCUCAUCGGUGCCAUCAUUUGCCUGAAACUCUGGAGGCAUGAAGCCGCCAGGAGGCAGAGAGAAUAUCCGGACCGACAAGAAGUGAAUACACCAUCUUUUCAGCCCAAAAGGACUGUGCAUGACAUGGCCACUGGUGAUGACAGGCGAAGAGACCAGGAAGUUUCUUUCAGAGAGUUGAAAGCCGUGGACUUGAAACCCGAACUCCUUAGUGGACACAUCCCGUCCGGUCAUAUUCCUAAACCUAUAAUAAUGCCAGAUUACGUUGCAAAAUACCCUGUGAUUCAGACCGACGAUGAGCGGGAGCGUUAUAAAGCUGUGUUCAAAGAUCAAUUUUCCGAAUAUAAAGAGCUCUCUGCUGAAGUUCAGGCCGUCCUAAGAAAAUUUGAUGAGUUGGAUGCCAUGAUGAGCAAAUUGCCCCAUCACCCAGAAAAUCGACAGGAACAUGAAAGAAUUGCAAAAAUUCUUCAAGAAUUUAAAAAGAAAAAGAAUGAUCCUACAUUCUUGGAAAAAAAGGAGCGUUGUGACUACCUGAAGAAUAAGCUUUCACACAUAAAACAAAGAAUUCAGGACUACGAUAAGGUUAUGAAUUGGAACGUACAAGGCUUUUCCUAAACCUCAGGCGGAAAGGCCUCUCUCGGAAAGAACCUUUGCGGGACCAUUUGUUUGAUAUUUAUUUCCGGCCACUUCAGUGUCAGUCUCCCGCUAAGGAACUGAUUUCUUGCCUUAAGUUAAGCUUAAGGACAGCUUAACUCGUAUGCUGUGCAGGAAGCAGGGUGGAAGGGUGUCCCCCUCUUCUCAGAAACCUGAAACCAAACCAUUUAGGGGAUUAAAUCUGUGCCUGAUUUCUCCAGGGGAAAGCCUAGGGCCCACCAUCCCACUUCCCUGUUUCCCCUUCCCUUUCAAGUCCUGCUUGAAUGAUUUCACAUCAAAAGAGUGUAUAUAGUGCGAACCACAUCGAAAAAAUUCAGCUGCCCAUUGUGCCUUUUCGACGGUUGGAUUCAACUCCACCGCCUGUUAUUUCCCAUGUACAUUUCAGGUGAAAUUACAGACGAGGUAUUGUGUUCCCCUCUUCAAAAUAUGUGUUCCUCCUGUCCUAUACUGUGGCUAAGCGUUGUAGCAUAGGGCCUGCGUUAAGGGGAUUUAGGAGUGGUGCCCUCAUUUCGGAGGAAGACGCAGACACCGUUGAGGGACGACAGCUGCUUCUUGCUCCCCUUCUUCCAGUUACACUCACGUGACUUCAUCCACCUUGGAGAAGAUGAAUCUGUGGCCGUUCCCACAUCGUCCCCAUCUCCCGGGAGAAGGACGGCGGGACAAACUUCAUUACGAAAACCGUUCAUCAGCCAUCCCCGGCCGGGCCCGGACAAGUCCAGGCAUCCCCCUCAGAGCCGACGGGCACCUCUUUUUAUGCUCGCUGGCCUUCUGAGCGGGCAGGGGAAGGCUUUCGCCUUUAUUAAGCAGGCUGUCGCAGGGGACCCGUCCCUUUCCUCAGCAUGCCAACCGCGGCACGGGGUGGCCGUGACCGCCCAGCCAGACGGAGCUUCUUCUAACACACUAGUUCUUUCUCCUCCCCUUAUGAUCACAAGUGUAACCACAGACGUUGGGCUUCUCUAGUGCCUUUCUUCCUAAAGACUCAGAAGCUCUAGUCUGCCGAUACACCUGAGAUGGGGAAGGAAGUCAUUUUACAACUGGAGGUACUGAGACAUCGAAAGGUUAAGACAUGGGUUUCUUUCCCUUGGCCUCCCCUGGUACUGCCAUCUGACCACAUUGCCCCCUUUGCUCGAUACCUGCCAUCUGUUAAGGCCACUUCUGGCUGCAGAUUCCUACUCCUCCUGUUGUACCAAUUCUGUUCCUGAGGUCACAAAAAGAAUGGAAGGAGUCAGCUUCGGGGAGGAUGACCCGUAACUAUUGAGAAAGUUUCACUUCCGUACUGGCCAUCCACAAGACUGACUAUUAUUUGAAUAAUGAUGAGACUUAGUAGCUUAUUUGGGGGGGAUAGAUGUUGGGGAUAUUCUCCAGAAAAGUGAAAUGUUCUGUCCCUGCCCAGUAUAUUUGGGAUUCAAAGAAAUCAAGAGGAUGAACUGAUUAUGAUUGCUUUUGGUAGAGCAGCAGAUUACGGUCUGAAAAACGUGUCUUUUUGUCCUAGGUAGCGCAUCCUUCUGAAACAACCAAAUUAUCUGUAAUAAUUACUGUAAAUGUGUUGGUGCGUUCUGAGUAGUUAAAUAGUACAAAUUUAACAUUCAGGGAAAUUUACUGUUGCUAAACUUGCUCCUGCUCUAAUUGUAAAUACUCUACUUACCUCUGGGAACUGUGCGUUUUUGUAGUGUUAAUGUUUUGUUUACAUUUCAGGACUUCAGUGUAUUAAAGGGUUAUGUUUUAUGCCGCUUAAGUGGCAUGCUGCCUGGAGAAAUGUUCCCGCGGCAUUGGAAAUAGUAAAGUGUAUCAGUCUGAACUAGAAAAGCGAUCCUCAGCUGACAACUCCUGACCAACGUACUGACCAGGGAGGUCUUUGAGCAAAUUA